AUGGACCGCCAAUUGCAACAGCUGAUGGGCCAACUCGGCGGCGGAGGAGGUGCGGGUGCUGCUGGUGGUCCAGCGUCGGAUAUGCCGACGAACGAUAACUCGGAGACGAUCUACAUCUCUUCGUUGGCUCUGCUCAAGGUGCGCUACUUACUGGACGGGGAGAGGGAGGGGGGAGAAAGCGAGUCGUGCUGACGUAUGCUCGCGGGCUCGCGUGCUCGCGUGGACAGAUGCUCAAACAUGGUCGAGCAGGGGUGCCCCUUGAAGUGAUGGGCUUGAUGCUCGGCGACUUUGUGGACGAGUUUACGGUCAGGGUCAUUGGUACGUUCUUUGAUGAUGGUUGUAGGGUGGUGCAAGUUGGGGAUGGUGACGAGCUCAGCUCCGGCGGGACCGCGUCGGGGACUGGUCGCGUGGCGGUCGCGAGAGCGGUCAACGCAGCCACUACGAGGAUUAGGUACUCACCUCGAUUCACACCCCUCUCAUCUACUCACAGACGUCUUUGCGAUGCCCCAAAGCGGAACCGGCGUCUCGGUCGAAGCCGUCGAUCCCGUCUUCCAAACCAAGAUGUUGGACAUGCUCAAGCAGACUGGCAGGUGAGGCCUUUCACAUCUCGCAGCAAGGAGCAAGAGUCUGAUACGAAAUCGUGCCCCCAGACCCGAGAUGGUCGUCGGGUGGUAUCAUUCCCAUCCCGGCUUCGGCUGUUGGUUGUCUUCGGUGGAUGUCAAUACCCAGCACGUGCGUACCCCAGCAAGCAAAACCCAUUCCACCUUUUUUCUCCAAAGAGAAAAUCUCAAAGCUCAUCCUUACCUUUGCGUUCGCUCACCUAGUCGUUUGAGCAACUCAACCCGCGCGCCGUCGCCGUCGUCGUCGACCCCAUUCAGUCCGUCAAGGGCAAAGUCGUCAUCGACGCUUUCAGGUCCAUCAACCCUCAAUCGGUGAUGAUGGGCCUCGAACCGAGACAAUCGACGAGCAAUGUCGGCCAUUUGGGAAAACCUUCGAUUCAAGUACGUUCUCUUCGUCGGGCGCAAGCGAAGCGAGUUGGGGGGCGAGGGGUCUCCUUUUCUUGUUCUCGGACGCUGACUCCGUUGGGAUUCCCGAAAUGCACACAGGCUCUCAUUCAUGGUUUGAAUCGACAUUAUUACUCGAUCGCGAUCGCGUACCGCAAGACCGAUUUGGAGCAGAGCAUGUUGCUGAACCUGCACAAGAAGAAUUGGACCGAGGGCUUACGGUUGAACGAUUGGGGCGCGAUGAAGGCGCAGAAUGAGGAGAGCAUCAAGGUAAGUUGCAAGUGGACCCCGACUCGACCUCGUGGGCUCGGCGAGGGGUACUCGAAAGUGUGGGGGACCGGUGCUAAUCCCGUUUGGAUUUGGGUCGGCUCGCAGCGCAUGCUUCAGCUCUCGCAAACUUACACCGCGUCCGUGAAGGAAGAAGCGACUCUGACACCGCACCAACUCAAAACGAGGCAUGUGGGCAAACAGGACCCCAAGAGGCAUUUGGAAGAGGCCGUCGAAAAGGCCAUGGGGGAUUCGAUCCUGCAGAGUUUGGGGACCAUGUUGACGGUUUUGUCGAGUGGGAAGUAG